UACCUCUCAAACCUAUCCAGAUCCACGCUUGGAUCCUAUCACAUGUCGGAUACCCUUCCCUGGUCAUGUUUGCGACCCAUCUGCUAUUCUUAGCGAUGAAGAACGCCUGAGGCUAAUGCAAAGGAUAAAUGAGUUUCGACCUAUUACUGCAGGGAUUCGAAACACUUCUCCAGCUUGUCGCAGUCAACCCGAAAAGAACUUAGAAAUCUUCGUCAUAGUUAUCGAUAAAAUUGGUAGCAUUCCUGGUGCUCCAAUUGAUAUAGAAAAGUUUGCGAACAACUUAAAGAAACGAUUCCAGAAUUAUCAGGUGAGCAGCUGUUGGCUACCUUUAGAUGUCUAUAGUUAUGGAUCGUAUUUUGGUUUUUAA